AUGAGACUCAUCUUUCAAGAAUGUUCAAUGAUCUUUACACUGGUCAACCUGGUGGGUUCUCUAUCACAAUCAUUUGGUCAGAAAGAUGCCAUCAGCACCACAAUAAUCAAUUUCAAUAAUGAGAAGAUGCAGAUCACGUGGGCAACAAGCAAACUCUUCCCUGGCAAGAAUGUGUCAUUUUAUUAUUCAUUUGAAGAAGGCAAGCAGGAAGACCGGAAAAUAUGUCCCACAUAUCUAUUGACUCAAGGUUAUAAUUCUGGAUGUCUUUUUAAGACAGAAGGACACACCCUUGCCUUCUUUAUCAUGAACAGCAAUGGAAGUAAAGAGCUUUUUUCUAAAAGGCUGAAAUCUGAUUUCUACAUAAAGCCCAAUCGACCAGAAAAUGUGACCUUCUUCUGGAAGGAUGACACUGUUACUGUCACAUGUAAUAAACCAGAAAGAGGUGUGAAGUGCUUGAGACUUGAGCUUCAAUACAAAAGCAAAUUUGACAAAGGAUGGCAAUCCAGAACUUCUAAGUGUUGCAGAGUUGGAGAGCAAGGCUUUGAUCCAAGGAAAUGCUAUUCUUUUCGGGUCAGAUUGAAGAGGAUAGUACCCUCUUGCAACGUAGUUGAUUACAGCAGUGACUGGGAAGCAGAAACAUUUUGGAUGAACAGCACAUUAGUAGAUUCAUGUGAUGAUGAAAUAAAAACCCAGUCAAACACAGUAAUUAUUUUAAGUUGUUUGAUGUCAGUACUUCUAAUGAUAUUUAUCCUCUUGAUUCUUCUGUGUAAAUGGCAGAGACUUCAAAAAUCUGUCAUGCCUGCUAUACCAGAUCCAAAAUAUGUAUUUACUGAUCUCUUCAGUGAUCAUAAUGGAAACUUCCAGUUCUCUCAUGGUUACACAGCCAUGCAGCCUGUCUCAAAGUAG